UACGGUUACAUUAAUAUCGCACGUGCCGCUUAUAGUGAUUGUUUUUCUCGGAUUUCUUUGCUAACAUGGAUGUUUUUAGCAAUUGCGCGGGUUUUUGUCCCUCCUGUGGCUCCAUUCUGCCCGAGCUGCAAGUCAAGGGCAAUGUGAUAUGCUACAACUGCAGGAAGGAGUUUCAGCCAGAUGUGUAUAGUGGCGAGAAAUCAGAAUUUACAAUCCAUUUUAACACCUACGAUCCCACCAAGGUGUUCAAUAGGACUAAACGUGAGUCGGAGUCAUCGGAGGCGGAUGGACCCGUCGUAGACAGGAAGUGUCCCAAGUGCAACCACGACAAGAUGUCCUACGCAACCCUGCAACUACGAUCGGCGGAUGAAGGUCAAACGGUGUUCUUCACUUGUCUCAAGUGCAAAUUCAAAGAAUCGGAAAACUCUUAGAUGCUAACAAUACUAUUGUAAAUAAUGUUAAAACUAGUGAAAGUAGUCGUGUUCGACGGCCUGGAAAAUAUAGAAUAUAAAAUAUUUACUUAUAAAA